UGUUAUGAGUUUAAGAUAAAUAUACUUAAAAAUUAUGGGUAAUAUUGACUCGAAGUACAAAUUUGAGCACGGAAAUGUGUAUUUGCAGACUGAUAAGGCUUAUUUUGUAGCCGGAGAACAGAUUACUGGGAAUAUUUAUCUCAAUUUAACCAUGGGAUUUCCAGCAUCAAACCUUGAAAUUAAAGUUGAAGGAAAAGAGAAGUGUAAAUGGACAACUAGAGAGUCAAAAGAAGUUAAGGAGGGAGAUACUACCAGAACUGAAUUUGUUGAUGUUUGGCAUAAGAAUGAGAGAAAAGUAAUCACCUACAAAGUUCCUGUCUACUAUUUCCCUGGAGGGAUGGCUCCACCUGGGCAGUAUACAUUCCCAUUUUCUUUUGCAUUACCAUCAAAUCUCCCUGCUUCAAUUUAUUAUUGAGGGUUUGAUAAAGCAAGUGCCUAUAUUAAAUAUAAGAUCAAAGCUGUUUUAGAGCCUUCUAUGGGAGUGAAGGCUAAAUAAAAUGAAGUUUAAACAACCUCUAGUGAUUCGUCAACCUGUAAGUGAAAGCUUAAUGGCUCCUAUACAAUCUGAUGAACGGAAUGUGUAUGCUUGCUGCUGCUGCUGAAGCAAGGGUGUCGCCAAAAUUACCACUCAAUUCGAGAAGGAUGGAUACUGCCCAGAGGAAACUUGCAGAGCGAUGUGAGAUGUAGACAACUCACAGUGCAGUAGAGAUAUCAAUAAUAUCACUAUUGAAUUGAAGCAACAUGUCGAGCUUAGAUCUAAAGAUGAGAGAACUUUUACAGAUAACAGGGUCUUGGAAUCUAAAGAAUAUGAUGGCCUCGCUGCAAACUCCAAUACUGGAGGCAUGACCAGGUACUUAGAGCUCAGCCUAGCUGGUAUUAGGCAGCAAGCCAGACCUUUUGAUGACGUGAAACCACUCAGUGCUGAUGAUUUAUAUCUUGCUGAAAGAAUGCAACCUUCUUCUCAUGGAAAUGCAGUUAAAUUAUGGUAUACAUUGACCGUAUUUUGUAAUUAUGGUACAUGCUGCGCUCAAGAGCCUCAUUGCACUAUUCCAUUAACUAUUACUCCACCUCCCCUACCUAGUUUCGGGCAAGUCCAAGCUCCAGCAGGAUGGUCUCCAACAGUGUUCAAUACUUUUGAAUUUAAUUUACCAGGGCCUGGAGAAAUGAUGUCAGCUGCUGCUAUUACAGCGCAAGUAGCUCCUAUUUCUGGAAACAUUUCAAUGAAUGUCGGAGGGAAUGCUCAGUAUAAUGAAGAAGUCAAAAUGGAUAUGAACUUAGCUGCCCCACCUCCAGUUAGUGUGGAAAUGAAUAUUCCUCCCCCAGCUCCAGCAAUGAAUUUCGAAGUGACUGGUAAUACUAUGGCAGAUCCAAAUCAAGCCCAGAUGAAUAUGAAUAUGGGAGGAAUGGGAAUGAAUAUUGAUAUGCAAGUAGAAGGUAAUGCUACUUAUCACCAAGAAUCUACUAAAAACGGAGUAACCACAAGCGUUACAACUCAUGGCAAUGUUCCCCCACCCUCCAUGGGAUUCGGCACUGAUGUCUCUGCAGGAGUCGGUGUCGGAAUGGGAGGUGGAGUUGGCAUCUCAGAAACAGAAGAUAACGUACAAAUGCAAGCUAAUGUCGGAGUUCCAGGAGUAAACAUGGGUAUGAAUAUGAAUUUCGACCAAUAAUUCAUCCAUAUCUAGAAGAAAAGCAACAUCAAAAUGAAGUUUUAUUUUCAUCA